GCAGGCGCGCUGUGCCGCGGCGGGCGCGGGGGGGGUGUGCGGCUGAGCCUCUCGCUCCUCUCCGCGGGCAGCAUCGGUGCGGGCAGCUCGUCCGUCGGCGACAGCGAGUCCGGGAACGGGCCGCCCCCCGGGCCGCCCCCGGCAUGGGGCGCUGCUGGGGUCAGCCCCUUGGCCGGGCCCGGAGCAUCCCCGGACUCUGCCUGCGGCGCCGCCCGCGGGGCCUGUAGGGGCGGCCGCGCCGCGCCUGGCCGGGGGCAGCAGCGGCAUGAGGAGCCGCUGCGGCUGCCAGCAGUGAAUGGGCGUCGCGGCGGAGCGGGAGGAGCUGGAGCCGCCGCCGUUGCUGCUGCCGCCGCCGCAAUGGCUCAGGAGAAAAUGGAGCUGGACCUGGAGCUGCCGCCGGGGAGCGCCGCGGCCCCGAGCGACGGGGGCGGCCUGAGGAGAUCCAACAGCGCCCCCCUCAUCCAUGGGCUCAGUGACAACUCACAGGUUUUUCAGCCUUACGUGUUGCGAACUCGCAGGAACAGUACAACAGUUAUGAGCCGGCACAGUAUGUUGUUGUCAUCCUCUCCUAUUCGUAUUCCGAGUAGCCGACUUCAUCAGAUCAGAAGGGAGGAAGGAGUGGACUUAAUGAACAGAGAAACGGCACAUGAAAGGGAAGUGCAAACAGCAAUGCAGAUAAGCCAGUCAUGGGAGGAAAGCUUGAGCCUGAGCGACAAUGACUUGGACAAGUCUGAGAAAUCUUCCUCCCCUAAGAGGAUUGACUUCAUUCCAGUUUCGCCUGCACCUUCACCUACAAGAGGAAUAGGAAAGCAAUGCUUUUCACCAUCAUUGCAAAUGUUUGUGAGCAGUAAUGGAUUACCUCCAAGUCCUAUUCCCAGUCCAACAAGGCGGUUCUCCAACAGGAGGAGUCAAAGUCCAAUCAACUGUAUCAGGCCCAGUGUUCUUGGCCCCAUUAAAAGAAAAGGUGAAAUGGAAACAGAAAGUCAGCCAAAGAGACUUUUUCAAGGGACAACCAACAUGCUUUCUCCAGAUGUUACACAUCUGACAGAUCUCAGUUCAUGCCUGUCUUCAGAUAUCCUGGAUGGGAGCAGCAGCAGCGUUGGCUCUUCCUCUGACUCACUGACUAAAGGCAGCAUAACCACAGAGUCUCCAGUGGCAUGCUCAAAUUCAUGCUCUUCCUUCAUUUUGAUGGAUGAUCUCUCACCUAAGUGACUUCAGUUCUGAGUCGGUGUCUGGCUGUGCUGUUCCCUCCCUGUACACUUGUACAGAGAAACGAACUCUGAUCCUCGAACCGCUGUAGCACCAGGAUUUAGUAGGAAGGAAGAGCUGCUCUUAAACUGUAAUCCUUGGUGACUUCCCAGUGAUUGAUUUAUCCAUUUAAUGGACGUUGUAGACCAUGUAUUAAUGUCUGGGUUUGCAAAUUGACCUUUUCUUCUGUUGUUUUGGGUUGGUUGGUUGUUGGUUUUUUUUUUUUUCACUCAACAAGAUGUCUGCUCAGAUGAUACUAACUUGUGUUUGCUUUCAGGAACUUGCAUACACUUUCUGAUUCCAAGAAUAGGUACCCUGCCUAUUAGUGUUGCAAUUCUUAGGAGAACACUUCUGUUGUUAUCAUUGUCACCAUUGUCUAAGGGAAAUCAUUUUGGUUCAGAAGGAUUUAAAGAAGAUUACUAAUUUAUUCUCUGGCACUUGAGUAAAAAAAAAAACAAAACUAUUCUCCUUGGGGUUUAUUUUUUGUUGGUUGUUUGUUAGUUUGGGAUUUCUUUUAUUUUUUGGUGAUGUCUUUUUGUGUUUGUUUCAGUCACCAGCCUCCAAUUCUCUUAUGGAAGGGAGGGGGGAAAAAAAAAUACCCAACCCUUACUUUUGUUUUACUUAGUGCUGCUAGUCAUUUUUUUAUUGCAGAAAGACCACAGUGGGUAUGGAAAGCUCAUUUUUUAUUGCAGAAAGACCACAGUGGGGUAUGGAAAAGCUCACUGUGUUACAUUCAAAACACCCCGACCAACCAAGCCGAUGACUGGCACUGUGGCCAUCAGUGAAGAAAUACCAGUGCUCUAUGAACAUGACUCACAUAGUUCUCUCCCCAGAUCCUUUGCCCUACAGAUUGUAUAUGAAAUAAGGUCAAUGUUGAGUUAAGGUUUGACCAAGGGGGGUGGGGGGGAAGAAAAAUAAUCAAUCCAAGACAUACAGUGCAGAUAACUUAUUUGAACUACUGUGUAGGAGAACCAUGUAUGGCACCAUCGAUGUCUCCUGUGGCAUUGAGGUCAUAGGUAUUUUUGUGCCUUAGGGGACAUUGUUACAAAGUUAUGGAAUGUAAACCAGAGGGGUGGGGUGGGAAAAGUCCUUUUGUGUACAGCUUGUUUAUAGAGUGCUUACCAGAGUCUGUCUGUCGUUGAUGCUGCUUCCCUUAGUGUUCCUUUCCGAGGUGUGUGUGUGUGCGUGUGCGUGCGCUCCGUGAGGAGGUGCUGCGGGCAGGCCCUGCUCUGGCCCCGCACAGCGUUUGUACCUUUGCUGGUCACCAGCAGCAGGGCAAACAGACAGAGAAGAGCAUGUGGAUUUUGGAGGAGAGACUUCCAAGUUUUUAAGAUCUGGACACCAGCUCUGCAAAGUGAGAGGUGUGGCUGAGCUACGAGGAGGAGUCUCGGUAGUACCUUGGGCAGAGAGGAGAGAGAGCUUCUCCUUUUUAAAGACUUUCAGCGGGGCAAAAAUAAAUCAGUUUGUAAUCUACUGUGUUAUGCUAUUUAUUAUUUAUAACUCUGUACAAAGUCUGUGGUGAUGAAUUAUAGUAUUUUUUUAUGAUUGAAUUGAGGUGGCUUUUGUCUGGUGUUUUUUUUGUUUUGGUU